GUGUAAUCGAAAGCUUAUUUCUUUGUCAAAGUUUAUAUCACCGACGAGUUUUCUUUCUCGUUUUGCUUUGUUUUAAAAAAAAACUCACAUAAUUAAACGAUGGAUAAUGGUGAAGCUCAUAAUACUGAAGCUUUAGGUGACGCUUUGAAAAGUUUGCAACUUCAAGAUGAUAAUAGUGAAGCACGUUCAAAUCCUUCGUCUUCGAGGUGGAUAUCGAAAGAAAAUUUAGCUCUUCGGAAACAGAAAUCUCGAAAUUACAUUGACGAAGCAAGGCGUGCUAUGCAGAAUGGCAAUUUAGAGAAAAGUUUACAACCAUACAAUAUAGCAAAUAAUAUACACAAGAGCGACAAAGUUGUUAGAAGAAUACAGAAGUUGGCGAAGAAAUUACAGGAAGUACUUCAAUCAGAUAAAAGCGAUGAGGAGGAGACAAGUGAAUAUUUUGUUGUAUCAAAAGGAUUUAAAGUACCCCAAAAAAUAUACAGCAAACUGUAUAACCAUCAGAAAGAGGCCAUAGUUUGGUUUUGGAAGUUGUUUGAGGAUCGUAAAGGAGGAAUCCUAGCAGAUGAUAUGGGAAUGGGGAAAACAAUCCAAGUGGUAUCGUUUCUUGCUGGAAUGUUUUGCUGUGGUCAUGUAAAUAAUGCAUUAAUUGUUAUGCCAUUAGCUCUUCUUGCUAAUUGGGAGAAGGAAUUUAAAAAAUGGGCACCUGAAAUCAGGGUUGUUCAGUAUCAUGGAAAAACUCCUAAACAAAGAGGGGAAAUUCUUAUUAAGAUCCAGGCAUUUGGUGGGGUCAUUCUAACAACAUAUGGACUUGCUCGCACUUCUGCAUCAUUGCUUGGUGAAAAUAGACAUGGAAAUAGAUUUACUUGGGACUACAUUAUUUUGGAUGAAGGUCAUAAAGUCAAAAAUACUGCCAAUAAAACAACCAUUGCAAUACAUGGCAUACCUGCACAACAUCGUUUCAUUUUGACUGGAACUCCAGUGCAAAAUAACUUGAGGGAAAUGUGGGCUUUAUUCGACUUUGUUUGUCAAGGAGAAUUUUGGGGAACUUCAAAGUCAUUUAAACAACAGUAUGAAAACCCUAUUGUUAGAGCCCAAGAACGAGAUGCUACAGCAUAUGAGAAAAGAAAAGGACAAGAGUUAUCAGAAAUUUUAAGAGAGCUCAUUGCGCCACAUUUCCUGCGGCGCACCAAAGAAAUACUUGAGAUGAAAAAGACUGAAUCAAAUAAUGACAUGCCGGAUUAUGUGGAUGGAGCAUCAGACAAAGAAAAUGAGCCUGAUAAUACUGAACCAAAAACUCCAUACCUAACUCGCAAGAACGACUUUAUUGUUUGGGUGUAUCUUUCACCAAGCCAACUCCGCAUCUAUGAAGAUUUCCUCAGUAAAGAUCGAGUUAAAGAGGUUUUAAUGACGAAGAGAAGUCCUUUGGCCAAGUUGAAUGUGAUGAAAAAAAUUUGUGAUCAUCCUCGUUUGUUGUCUACAAUGAGCAAUGAAACUCUUGGUCUGCCAGUUGAAGAAUUAUGAAAUGUUAUUGUUGUUUCAUACAGAGAUGAAGACAGUGGUUAUAAAUGGUGCGCACCACCCGUUCAACAGCUUAUUGAAGAAUCUGGAAAGCUUGUUUUUCUUGUUCAAUUAUUGAAACAGCUAAAGAGCGAAGGUCAUAAGACUUUACUUUUCACACAGUCACGAAAAAUGCUAGACAUUAUUGAGAAAGUUUUGAAAGAAAAGCAAAUAAAGAUUAUUCGUGUGGAUGGUACCAUUCACAAAAUAUUUGAAAGAGAAGCUCGCAUACACUUGUUUCAAACAGAUCCAUCAAUAUCUGUGUUUUUACUCACAACUGAGGUUGGGGGUGUCGGCUUGACGUUGACUGCUGCCAGUCGAGUUGUUAUUUUUGAUCCCAGUUGGAAUCCGGCCACUGACGCGCAAGCUGUCGACAGAUCUUAUCGUAUUGGCCAGAAGCAAUCUGUUGUUAUUUACCGACUCAUUACGUGUGGUAGUUUGGAAGAAAAAAUCUAUCGUAAACAAGUGUUUAAGCAAGCCAUCACUAAACAAACGACCGGUUCUUCCAAAAAUCCGUACAGAUAUUUCACGAGUCAAGAACUUCGUGAUUUGUUUGUCUUGGACGAUCCACGUUGUUCAAAAACCCAACUUCAAUUAGAACAAAUGCAUUCUGUUCACCGUGUUUCUGACACCGUAUUGGACGAGCAUAUAAAGUUUCUGCAAACAACGAGUAUUUUUGGUAUUAGUGAUCACGACUUACUUUUCACAAAGGAAGCUGUCGUCACUGACGAAGAACGAUCCGUUGUUACGGAGAUAAAUGACGUUAUCCGGGCACAGGUUCGUCGUCAGAUCAAGAUUACGGAUCAAGUUCCUAGAGUAUUCAAACCUGCACAAAGUGAUUCCCGUGGUUUUAAAACUCACACGAUAAGCAAGAUUUUUGAAAGUGCGCUGCAUUUAACACUAAUCACAAUUGCUUUAGCUUGA